AGAGGGACUUGACUCUCCUCUUCGUGUGCUCUGCCAAACCUCUCUUUCUGCUCCCCUUUUUCUCUGUGAAUCCUUCCCUUUCAGAGGAACUAAAACCAGCCAUGGCGAGAAAUUACAGUGCAAAUUCCAUGAGGAGCAUGAGUACCUACGGCAGCGGCGGCGGUGGUGGCGGUGGUGGUGGUGGUGUUAACCGAUCGUAUACCACAAGAUCGAUGAUUUCCAACAAAUCUCAAAGGGCGUCAACCGGCAUGUCAAUGGGUGGUGGUGGAGGUGGUGGUGGUUUUGGUGGUGGAGGUGGUGGUUUUGGUAUUGGUUUUCGGAGUGGAGGUGGUUUUGGAGGUGGAGGUGGUAGUUUUCGGAGUGGAGGUGGUUUUGGAGGUGGUGGUGGUGGUGGAGGUGGAGGCAGUGUUUUAGGCUUCAGCUACGGUGGUGCUUUUGGCGGUGGUGGAGGAGGCGGUGGAGGCAUGCCGAACAUCACAGCUGUCCAGUGCAACCAGCAGCUGCUGGCCCCAAUGAAUGUUAACAUCGACCCCAACAUCCAGACCGUCCGGACCCAAGAGAAAGAGCAGAUCAAGACUCUAAACAACCGCUUCGCCAGCUUCAUUGACAAGGUCCGCUUCCUGGAGCAGCAGAACAAGAUGCUGGAGACCAAGUGGAGCCUGCUGCAGGAGCAGACCACCUCCCGCUCCAACAUUGACGCCAUGUUCGAGGCCUACAUCGCCAACCUGCGCAGGCAGCUGGAUGGACUCGGCAAUGAGAAGAUGAAGCUGGAGGGAGAGCUGAGGAACAUGCAGGGCAUGGUGGAGGACUUCAAAAACAAAUAUGAAGAAGAAAUCAACAGGCGUGCCGGCGUGGAGAAUGAGUUUGUUCUCCUCAAGAAGGAUGUAGAUGGUGCCUACAUGAACAAGGUUGAGCUGGAGGCCAAGGUUGACUCCCUUCAGGAUGAGAUUAACUUCCUCAGAGCUGUCUACGACGCGGAACUGCGUGAGCUCCAGGGACAGAUCAAGGACACCUCAGUCAUCGUGGAGAUGGACAACAGCCGCAACCUGGACAUGGACUCCAUUGUGGCCGAAGUCAGGGCUCAGUAUGAGGCCAUCGCCGCAUCCAACCGUAGAGACACUGAACAGUGGUAUCAGCAGAAGUACCAGGAGAUGGAGGUGAAUGCAGGCCAGGCCGGAAAUGACCUCCGCAGCUCCAAGACUGAGAUAGCUGAGCUCAACCGCAUGAUUAGUCGCCUCCAGAAUGAGAUUGAGUCAGUCAAGGGACAGCGCGCCAACCUGGAGGCCCAGAUCGCUGAGGCCGAGGAGCGCGGUGAGCUGGCCGUGAAGGACGCCAAGGCCCGCAUCAGGGACCUGGAAGAAGCCCUGCAGAGAGCCAAACAGGACAUGACCCGCCAAGUCCGCGAGUACCAGGACCUGAUGAACAUCAAGCUGGCUCUGGACAUUGAGAUCGCCACCUACAGGAAACUGCUGGAGGGAGAGGAGGACAGAAUCACCUCUGGCGGUGGAACUGCAACCAUCCACAUACAGAGCUCUAGCUCUAGCUCCGGUGGAGGCGGCUAUGGUGUAGGCGGCGGAGGCGGCUAUGGUGUAGGCGGCGGAGGCGGCUAUGGUGUAGGCGGCGGAGGCGGCGGAGGCAGCUUUGGUGGCAGCGGCUUUGGUGGUGGCAGCAGCUUUGGCGGAGGUUAUAGCGCCAGUAGCGGAGGAGGUCGCGGCAGCAGCUAUAGCAGCAGUGGCGGCGGCGGCGGCGGCGGCGGCAUCAUCAAAAUGAGCAGCACCAGCAGCUCAUCGUCCCGCCGUAAUUAUUAAAAACAGCAGCCAUCUUUCUCUCCAUUCUUCGUCUUCUACCCUCAUUUUCUCCUCCUCCUCAUGUUCCCCUCUCCCUGGCAACCACUCAUAAAAGCCUCCAAAUAUCCCCAUCACCUCACUCCCUGGAGACACGGCAGCCUCAGAAACAUCCACAUUUGACCAUUAUUAGCAGGCAGAUCCAUGUAAUGGAACAUCUGUUUUUUUUACUGUGUUGCUACUCCCUCUGGCACCACAUAUUUACAGAGAGUCAAGUCGAGGCAGAGUAAUUAGUGGACCAGAAACAAAGAGCAGCAGAAACAUGAGUCAGCCCUCUCUUCCUUAGAUCAGUCAGCCUGGCUGUCUUUUGGUUGCUGGAUCCGCUGUCAUGCAGACAAGAGGAUACUUGUAGUGCCGUGACAGAGAAUCCUCAAAAGGCAACAAUACUUGCACACAAAAUGUCAACAGCAGUUCUUACAUUUGCACAGAAGGAGGUCAGGAUGUUUAUGUUCUUGCAUUCAUGAAGCACACAUGACAUAACUCCUCUUUUCUGCAAAGUCUCUUCAGUUGUCUUACAUCUGUCAUUUUGUUGUGUAUUUUGAUAUCACAUAAGCAGCCACAUAUAACACUUUCAUAGUUGUUUGUUUGGGAUCCUCUUUUCCUUCUCCUGUUCUGAGAGAAAAUACUUUCCACUCUGAAUGAAAAAGAAACCUGGAUUAGGCUGACUGGGAGAACCAGAUUCAUUGUGAAAUUUGUAACACCAAAAGGUCUGGAAUAAAUCUGAUUUCAUAAUCA